CAGGACACUCACUGGUUUACGCGCCAUAUCUGCACAGGAUGACAGUAACAGGUUUCAAACUGCCGGAAUCCGUGCAGAGCAAGAAGGCGUUAUUUUACCUCGGCUUCAGCGGCUGCAGUUGUGUCGACUUCACCAUCGGGGAUUCAACAACGUUGCCAUACUGACUAGUGAUAAAUCUUGUUUUCUCCUUCCGCGGAGAGAUGGGCAGAUCCGUGUGUAUGGAUGACAAAAUGAGCCUAUCCCGCGAACAUAAAGUCGACGUAUUCCGUGGAGGAAGUGUCAUGAUGUGGGGUGCCAUGACUUAUGGACGAAGAACAGAUAUUGUUCAUAUCCAGGGCAACUUAACAUGACGAUGUGUUAAGUCCUCACGUUGUCCACGCUCUGCAAACACAAGCCAAUUUUCCAGCAUUACAAUCUCUUCACCACACAUCGCGAGUCAAAACGUAUUUCGCAAGAGCUCAGACCAUGAACGUAAUGUCGUAGCCGUCACUGUCACCGGGUCCCAACCCAAAUGAGCAUCAGUGGGAUGGACUAGACAACCGGGACCACAGAUGCCGCAGCAAUUAUGCCAAACUCUUCAGGAAAAGUGGACUACCAAUCCACAAUGUGUCGCAGGCUUCAUGGUUCCAUGGGCAUUAGGUAUCGUACAGUCAAUCCAAUGGAGGACACAAACGGCACUAGGCAUUACGACUGCAUGCCGUGCUUGAGAAAGUUACAUGACCGUCGCAUACAAAGACUUCAACGUUAACGUUUGAUGAAUCCUGUGUCAAUUUGUAACCACAAGUCCCGCGCAUUGCCUUUAAGCCUUGUAAAAGUCACAGAUUUCGUCUCUUGAAAACCACAUGUGCGUUUCUUUUUGUUGACUGGAUCAGAGGAAACGGACCUUACAUCGAUUGGAAUGAGUUGAUCUAGGAUUGCAAAGAAUUAUGAAUUUGUCGACAUACUUUAAAUCAGAACCAGCACAUAUGGACCCAGGACAUACAGCCCAGCCAAAUCCUCCAGAUGUUCACAGAAUGGCUUCAUCAACAGCAAUAUCUUUGAAUACAACCAUAGGUUUAUUUUAUAACGGCACAAGCAACUUGGGUUUGACUACGGUUGCAAUGAAUUCUACUGUUGAUAUGACACUUGAUAUGGGAUCUCGAGUCACGCUGAUCAUGCUAUAUACCAUCACAAGUGUAGCUGCUGUAAUAGGCAAUACGCUAGCCAUCGUCAUCUUCGUGAAAGGACAUCGAUCUCGAACAGAACUGAGACCAUUCUUGAUAAACCUGGCUGUUGCCGACCUGAUCAUGGCCAUCAUAUGUAUUCCAUUCACAUUUACGUAUCAAAUUUUGGAAAAAUGGAUAUUUUCUGCUCCCAUGUGCCCCAUUGUGUCCUUCCUUCAACAGAUGGCAGUAACUGCUAGCGUGUCCACGAACAUGGCGGUUGGAGUAGAUCGCUUCUUCGCUAUUACAUACCCUCUGAAGAAGCGACUGACGACAUCAAGAUCCAAAUAUGUGAUAAUUUUAAUAUGGUUCAUAGCCAUUGCCUUAAACAUUGUUCAAAUUAUUGUUGGACGAACAUAUGAAGAUACGGACGGCUCUACGCAUUGUAAGGAGGAGUGGCCAGACCCGAAAGAAGCGUGGAUGAAAUCCUACACCUUGUUUAUAAUGUUUCUUACGUAUUUCCUUCCGUUAACAAUAUUAACAGUUACGUAUUCUAUGGUUGGGAGAAUUUUAUGGAGACGCCAUUUGCCAGGACACACUGACGAAAUGAGGGAUGCUCAACAGCUGAAGUCCAAACGAAAGAUCGUAAAAAUGUUGGUGAUCAUCGUCGUGUUGUUCGGACUGUGCUGGCUGCCUCUACACACGUUCUUCCUGCUGGAGUCCUUCAUACCGGAACUGAUGCGGGAGGCGGACAAAAACGCCCUCUACUACGCCUGCCACUGGCUGGCCAUGGCGAACAGCUUUGUCAACCCAGUCAUCUACGGCUUCAUGAACGACAGUUUUAGGGCGGAUCUGAGGACUCUUGUGCAUUCUUGUCCGUGCUGGAAGCAUAAAAUUACGUACCGUCCCGGUGCACGCCGCUGGAAACUUGGCAACAACGUCGGUGACAUCGCGUACACCACGGGUGACGUCACAGCUGCUCGCGGCCUUCUUACCCUCAAAGAUGGCAGGGAUUGCUGGCACAACGGAAAUCUCUACGAUCAUACAAGUGUCUUGUACCUUACAAAAAGUUGUUAAUGACUUUGUUGUUCAAUUGUGCGUUUCGAAAUGGACCUACCUUGUACGUCGUCGUGUCGUUGCAUCAAUGUGAAUAUCCAGCGCGAAUGUGAUUUACUUUGAAAAGCGGGCACUUGGGGACAGAAAUGCUCAAGCCAUUUCAAGGGAUCAAAUCAUUUUAUUUCAUACAACAUUGAAUUAAGAUUACUCAAAUUGAACACAAAAUUAAAUUUUCUAACAUGCACCUCUCAUCUUGAUAUUGUUGGUCUGCGGGGUUCACCGAACUGUUUAAAGUUACUUCUUUGUCCAGACAGACAUACAGAACUAAUCAUAAAGCACACUCUUCAUUCGUGUUAGGAAUCCAAUGGGACUUUCAUGGCAUUCACAGCUGAUCACGUCACGAAGUAUGAUCGCUUUGUCUAGAGAGCCAAGACCACUUUGAUGUCAGUGAAAGGCACAGCCAGACCGGAGACCCGCUAAGUGACGGCCUCCCAAAAGACAUAGAGUCAUGAUCUAUAUCACUGAACAUGUUAAAUUCGUGGUGAUGAAAGAAGAACUGAAGAACUGAUGUACAAUACAUAUAACGUCAGAUACGUGCAUUUUUAUCACUUAUUAAAGGAAUUCAUGUUACACAUUGUCGUGAAUAUCCGUUCUGGAACAUGAAGGAACCGGCCUUGUGAGCAAAACUACGAAGGGGAAAUAUUCUAAUUGAACUAGUUUUGUGUUUUGUUCAAUUAUCCAAACACAUUGAGCAAUGUUAAUAAGGAUAAAGACUCUUGAAGAGCUGGGUAGUUUCAAUAUAUGUGAACGGUUCCUUCUAAAAUAUUUUUGAGAAAGUGUUUGUUUGUACAUUAUCAACGUGGAUAUUGCAUCGAAAAACUGAACCAGUAACUUUCUGGUGUUUAGUCUGGCCAUAUUAUUGUUUUAAAUGACUUGAAAGACCGGGAUUGGACUUUUUGGUGCUUUAUAUGUCGCCAGUAUGGAAGUAUGGAAACAUGGCUAUUGCUGUGUGGAGAAAAUACUCCAUGCUUAUGCCAACAAAACAACUGGUUCUGGAUAAACGAGUUCAUCUGUGUGUUUUGUUUCAGGCCUCAAGGACAAAUGAAACCAGAUUUUGUUAAACUGCUAAAAAUGAAAGAGAUAAUCAUUUCAUUCGAGAUAUGUUGAUUAGGCAUGAAGAUGAUGACCACUUGACCUUUCCUUGAAUUAGUAGCCUCUCAGGGUUGAUUUGUAGUCUGAGUACUCGCAUUCCUGCUUCGCGAUAUAAUUCAAUUUGGAUAGAUGUUAGUUAUGCCGAAAUAGCUGAAAGUGAAGUGUAAAUAACAUGAACGUGGUGUGUUCAAUAUUUGAUGUAUUAAGAUAUUCUUAUGUGGCGUCUCAGGAAAAUAAAGCAUGCCACUGUAUUACUUUUGUUAUCCCAUUUUGUGGUUUACUUUCCGACAGGGCUUUGAACAAAGUGUAGUAGAAAUGUUACAGUCGGUUUCAAUAAUAUUUUGUAUUUAAAGAAAUUUUCGUUUAUAUAUAAAGAUAAAACGGCAAUAAAAAGUAUUCGACUGGA